CAGUACGAUUGUUUAGCUCGUGGAAUUAAGAGCUUCAGUUAACAGCUAAGGAAUUGCAAAGAAAUUAAGAGUGAAAACAAUGCCGCCACCACACCACGACGAUCGUCUCUUUGGCAUCCACUUGGGCCUGCACUUGGGACACCAUCAUCAUCACCAUGGACACCAUGGGCCACCGCCGCCGCACCACCACCAUCAUCAUCACGGACCACCGCCGCCCCCGUUCUACGAUCAUCAUCACCACCAUCAUCAUCAUGGCCCACCGCAUCAUGGCCACUAUGACCAUCAUCAUGGCCACUAUGAUCAUCACCAUGGCCACGUUGAGUAUCAUCAUCAUCACGGACCCCCACAUCAUCACUGCUAAGCGUUGGAAGGGCGAGCAAUGAGCCAAAGAUAUAUCUACAAUAUAUUCACUGUGAACUGCCUGUGAAGUGAAUUUACAUAGUAUUUUAUAUGCAAGCACGAAUUUUAUUUAUUAAAAAAAAUAUAUAUAUGUAUA